UUGCAUUACGUAUGUUUUAGGUUUCUCAAAUGCAAAUUGGUUUAAUAUCUAAUCAAUACAUUUUUGUUAACCGUUGAUCUUUGCAUGAAGACUAAAAAAAUACAUAUCAUUUAAGCGAUUCCCGAGGGUCGGAGGUAAUCAUAUUAGUACGAUGCACGGGACCUAACCUCAAUAUCAUCAAUAGUUUUAUUGAUUUUUUAUGUUGCAGUGUUCAUUUCAUCGAUGAUGUUGCCAAUAGGAAGUUUGGUGUUCAAAUGGAUUUUCUCGGUAGCAGUCUUAGGAUUUUGGUUCUUGAUUUCUUUCUACAAUUGGAUAGAAUAUUGUCCUCCACUCUUGCGGGAUCCGUUUGCAUCCAUCGCCGAAGAAUAUGAUUACAUUGUUGUUGGCGCAGGAUCAGCUGGUAGUGUAGUCGCCUUGAGAUUGGCUGAGGAUGCAAAUAAAACGGUGCUGUUAAUUGAGGCAGGACCAAUGGGUGGACGACUUUUGGAUGUGCCGGCAUUCCUACCGCUAUUUCAAACAUCGCCAUUGGAUUACGCGUACGAAACUGUUACGCAAGAAUACGCAAUGCUCGGUUUAAAAAAUCACAUAUGCAAAUGGCCCAGAGGAAAAUUGGUCGGAGGUACUGGUCGUUUCAACAACAUGAUUUACGCGAGAGGACAUCCUAACGACUUUGCGGAAUGGUACGCGAACGCAACGGAUUUCGAUUACGACCGUGAUAUAUUGCAUUAUUUCAAAAAGUCAGAAAACUUCAUCGCCAGCAAUUUCGAUCCUAAAUACCAUUCGAAGAACGGACCGUUGAAUGUCCAAGAUUCAAUAUUUGUUACUGAUCUUAGCGAUAACAUGUUGGAAGCGGCUCGAUAUUUUGGAAUUCCUGUAAGGGAUCUGAAUGGUGAAAAGAGUACGGGUUUCAUGAAAACUCACGUCAACAUGCUGAACGGAGCCCGAUACUCCACCGGACAUUACCUUCUGGAUAACAAACCUAAGAAUUUAGAGCUUCUGACUAUGACGCAGGUGGAGGAAAUCUUGUUCAAAUCAAAUUUCGAGGCUCGCGCAGUUCGAGCUGUAAAGUUUGGCGUGACUAAGAAAAUUCGAGCUAAGGAAGCUGUAGUUUUAAGCGCAGGAACUGUGGAUACAGCUAAACUGUUGAUGCUCUCUGGCAUCGGUCCAAAGAGCGAUUUGGAGAAAUUGGGGAUUCAAGUCAAAGCUGAUUUGGCUGUGGGAGAGAACCUCCACGAUCACGUCAGCACCGGCAUCGAUUUAUUUAAAGUAAAAUCAGAAACUUUGGAUUUGCUCGAUGUGACAGCUCCGUUCCAUUAUUUGGUAAAGGGCAAAGGGGCAUGGACCACCGCACAGUGCGAUGCUCUUGGUGCUAUGCAUACCGAUUGUUUUCGGUCUAAAGACUUCGAUGUUUGCAGCGACAAAAAGAAGUCACCACCGGAUCUGCAAAUAAUGGCUUUACCGAUGGGUUUCAUUUCCGAUAACGGAGCGUUCCUGAGACACAUUAUUGGAAUUAAAGACAACAUUUGGGACGAGUAUACUUCAAAUUUGAUAGGCAACCAAACGAUCACGUUACUUCCUAUAGUAACGAAACCGAAGAGCAGAGGUUUCAUUAAGCUCCGCGAUGGUAAUCCCGAAAGCAAGCCAAUUAUUGAUCCCAAAUAUUUAAGUGAUAAAGAGGAUGUGGAUGUUUUAAUCAGGGGUCUCGAAAUAUUAAGGGAAUUCAUAGAAGCACCAUCAAUGAGGAAGAUGGGUGCAGAACUUUACACUAAGAAAUUGCCGGGUUGUGAGCAGUUCCAAUUCGAUAGCAGAAGUUACUGGGAGUGUUACGUUAGACACUUAACAUUGACUAUCUACCAUCCAGUUGGUACAGCGAAGAUGGGCGAAUCUUCGAAUCCUUCGACCGUUGUUGGAUUCGACUUCAAAGUUCAUGGAAUUAAUAAGCUCUUUGUAGCGGAUGCUUCUGUAAUCCCAACGAUUCCAAGCGCUAAUACCAAUGCGGCUACUGUAAUGAUAGCUGAAAAAGCAGCCGAUUCAAUUAAACAUAUAACAUUUUUAAAUUCCGGUUUCAGUAAAUUGAAAGAUAUAUUCUUUCAUUCAAUAAUUCCACACACAAAGCAUUUUUGUACAAAUAUAUUUCAUAUAUUAUAGUCGC